AUGACUUGGGCUGCAUGCGCGUCAUACUGCACCGGCUACCAAUAUGCUGGUAUCAAGGCCGGCUCUACUUGUAGAUGCGGCAAUUCGUUUGCUUUAUCUCCAAACCUCAACGCCGAUAUUCUUUGCCAAACACCGUGUACAGGAAACGGGCUUCAAUCGUGCGGCGCAAGUAACCGGUCAACGGUCUUCCGAAGCUCGAGCUAUGGUAGCACCCCAUCGGUAUCCUCAGCAGAGCCAGUGUUAUCCUGGUUGGCAGUAUCACCACCCUCGUCGACGCUUACACGGAUUUUGCCAACAUUGGCGCUGACAACUUCUUCAGCCACGCGCGCACCAGCAUCCUCAAUUCUCGCCUCAACUUUGCCUUUGUUUGCAAUAGCACAGGUGCCUUCUGUAAACCAGGUAGUGCCUGCUGCAGCCACUUCCGUGUCCUCAGGAGCAGCACUCUCACUCGUCCCCGCCUCUUCGAUUCCACCAGCUGUACCUAUACUGGCCCUGACGAUGAUUGGAGAACCAUUGGCCUUCCUUCCUUCGUCAUCAACAUCUUCGGCUGUGCCUCUACCGCCAUCCACAUUAGUCGGGGCUGCUCUUGGUAUUACCGUUCCAGGUUCGUUGGCAACGACAUCUGGACAACCCUUGGCUGCCACAUUGGUCGGACCUGCCCUUGCUUUUACUGCCACAGCUCUACUUGAUCCUAUCCUUAAACAAACUUCGACGACACGGCCACUGGUUCCGUCAUUGGCACCCGUCCUGUCACUACUGGCGCCUGUUUCAUCCACAACCACAUCAGUUCAGACAUCUGCCUCAGUAGCCAUUGUCCUGCCUAGUCAAUCGGCUAUAGUACCACCACAAGUACAGAUACCUCAACCCAUAUUACCUUUCGUUCCGUCUCUGGUAUUGCAAUCACCCACAGCGGCAGGAGUUGCACCGUUGAACGUGCCUGUGAUAGCAAGUUCAACAAGCAUACAGCUUGCGGCAACAUCUCAGACACUUUCUACUCCGCUCGUCCCACUUGCGCCUCUGCUGUCCGCCCUCUUCCCACCCAUCCCUACUUUGAUUCAAACUCCACCUGUACUUGUUGUGCCUACGCUGCCUUUGAUUCCGAGCUCACCUGUUCCACUCGUCACCCUACCAACCUCUCUGGUACCUAUAUUACCUACUACUCUGGCAACACUGGUAUCUUCAUCUUCACUUGGGGUGCUGCCUGUAGCAACCCCAGUCAAUGAGCCAUUCCAAAUUUUCAACUUUCUGGGCGAUGCAGCAGCGGCACCACCCGUUGGUAUACCGUCUUUGGCAGCGAUCUUGCCUCCAGUGAAGCCAGCCCCGGUCGGUUUGAGUCAACCUUCUUUAGCACUACCGCCAGGCCUCUUACCUACGCCGGUGCCGCCACUACCGUCUCUUGUUGCUACAACAGCGAAUGCACCAGCUCUUGAGUUGCCAUCGCUGGAUUCGCCAAUCGAGGCUGGAACGCCUUGGUGGGUGGUGACUCAGUUUCUGGAGCCGCAUGGUCUCCCUGGUCCCACGAUUCUAGCGCCUCCGCCUCCACUGCCGACGCUUCAGCCCUCUCCAUUCAUCGUCGAGCCGCAGAAUGCGUUUGGAGCUUUCAGUUUUGAUGAGCCCACGACCCAGUCUACAGUACCAGCAAUCGUCGAUGAGCCACAGAACGCAUUUGACGCUUUCAGUUUCGACGAGCCCACCGUGCCUGAUGUGGCAAGCAAUCUCGAUGCUAUUCCGAGCCAGACUACAGCACCAGCAAUCGUCGACGAGCCACAGAACGCAUUUGGCGCUUUCAGUUUCGACGAGCCCACCGUGCCUGAUGCGGCAAGCAAUCUCGAUGCUAUUCCGAGCCAGACUACAGCACCAGCAAUCGUCGACGAGCCACAGAACGCAUUUGGCGCUUUCAGUUUCGACGAGCCCACCGUGCCUGAUGCGGCAAGCAAUCUCGAUGCUAUUCCGAGCCAGACUACAGCACCAGCAAUCGUCGACGAGCCACAGAACGCAUUUGGCGCUUUCAGUUUCGACGAGCCCCCCGUGUCUGGUGUGGUAAGCGAUGCGAACCCUGCUCCGAUCGAUUUUACAGCAUCAGCGAUCAUCGAGUCCGGCACAGUGGUCGACAAAGUCUUCUUUUGGACAUUUUACUCGACUGGACUCGUCCAAGUGGACGGGAACUUUUUGUCUCCCUUCACCGGCCCCUUGCAAGGGCUUCUGCCGGACGGUACGCGUAUUGGGCUGGACAGUGCUGGACUGUAUAUUGGGUCAGAGCAUCGAGUUCCCUAUCCAGCAGAGUACUCGUCAAUCAUCGCAGGACAGGCGCUUCCUUCCCCGCAGUUGUUUCUUUAG